AUCCGCAUGUCGGCAAAUGAUUGUCAAAUGCCGUCGGGGUGUAAGCGAGCAGGUGGCCAGUCCUGAUUUGUCGUAGACUGACCCAGCAUGCAUACACACUGUGGUAAGGGAAGAAAAAUAUUCAUCUAAAAGCCUAAAAUGGCGAUAGAUACGCCAUUUGCAAACUUGAAGGCAUGCAGCAGAGAGGCACGUGUAAAACAGUCGUAGAGUGCAACCAUCUCCCGUGACCCGGCAUAUCACAGUCCUUCCCCAUGGAAUCUCGUGGGGAUCAAAGUCUGGGGCAUCCAAUCAGACGUGCGCUGAAAACGUUCCCCAUUUCUGCGCAAAUGCGGGGAAAGCUGUGCCUCGAUUGGUGUGUUAAACGUUGUCGCCAACCUGGGCCAAAUCCCUCGACUCAAACCUUCAAUUUAUUGUUGAUCUCUCGGGCAAUCACUCUUUUGCUCCUCAUCUCUUGUCCCUGCAGUGCGCAGACCUGUCGGUUGAUCAGUUCACUAAACCAAUCCGCCCAUGCUUGUGCUUAAUUUGUAUCAUUUCCCCGCAGCGCUCAUCGCUCAGCACCAACUGCCCCGCAAACUGCCAUGAGGAUCGGAAGGGGAUGUGAGCGUUGUCGCCUUCGUCACAUUCGGUGUACUACUCGCGCGGGGGCUUCGUCAUGUAAUGCAUGCGCUCGCUUAGGACGGACUUGUCGUCUCGAUCCUCCGUUCCGUUUCAAGACCGUUCGGCAUGUGUAUCAGAAGAGCCAAGGGACUGCCUCCAAGUUUGAGUUGGAAUGGGACUCUGCACAGACAUGGGUGAACGUUCCUCGGUCUUUGACCUUCGUUCACGAGUCAGCCGAAGAGUCAGCGGAUGGGAGCGUCAGUGAUGCUCCGAAUGAGCCUCAGGCCGAGACCCAGAUUCCGGGCGGCUCCCAUACAUAUAUCCCGGAUCCUUUCGUCGCUCACCUGCCUAUCUCCGGAUCUCUGAAUCCACACGAUGAGGCCAUUGGCAUCCCACAUGUGGAACCAGUAAUAUCGACUCCUUCAAUACACGAUGAACAACACUCCACCAAAGCCACGGCGAUCUCGCCGGGGGCUGUCAAUGACAUGGUCUCCCCUUUGGCAUCCAAUAGCACCUGGUCGCCGAUGACUCCAUCCACCCCGCGCUCGACCUCCUCAUCGACGAUGACAUCGCGGGAGGCGUUCCUGUUGCGCUCAUACAUCAACAAAAUAUCGCACUGGUUAGAUAUCUGUGACUCGGGAUCUACUUUCAACACCGAGGUGCCUCGCAGAGCGCUACAUGUACCGAUGGUUUUGAAAGCAGUAUUAGCGCUCUCUGCACGACACGAUGCGAUCAUGUCCGGCGGUAGUGAUUGGGAGGCCUCCGAAUACCACAGCCAAUGUGUAGAGAUACUGCUUGCCGCUCUUGCGCGGCCGGAGGAAACGUACGACGACAACAUGCUGAUUUCGGUCGUGAUCUUGCGAAUCUACGAGGAACUCGAGAGUACGACCGAUGAAAAGUGUCAUUGGCUUGGUUCCAAUCGGUUGCUCAAUACUAUGUCCCGAGCCGCAUCCUCUGGCGGGUUGACAGAGGCUGCUAGCUGGCAGUUUCUACGGCAAGCCAUCUACGCAUCCAUUGUCCAAAAUCAGCCUAUGCAGCUGGAUCUUCGGAACUACGAAAGGUCAUCUGUUUUCAAGCGGGGCGACGACGCUGCCUAUGCCAACACCAUCAUCUUCUACUGUGCCCGGAUCAUUCAACUCUGCUCGGAAGGCCAUGUAGCAGCCGUGGAUGAGGAGGACUGGCACGAUUUGUCCAGCAGCGUAGAACAGUGGUACCGCGACCGGCCCGUCAGUUGGCAGCCACUGCAGUACAAAGACGCCAAUCCAGCAGAGAAUCGACCGUUUCCCGAGUUAUGGGUCAUGUCACCCCCAGCCGUGGUCGGACUGCAAUAUUAUCACACCUGUCAAAUUCUCCUCACGUCGUCCGACCGCCAUUGGGGCGUCGUGAGCAACUAUGAGCGUGCACGGCUCAGACGUAUAGAAGAGGUUCGUCCUUCGAAGUGCCAUCGACAACUCCAUAUAUAUACUCACCGUCCACAGAAAGUAAUUGCAUCACACGUGGUGCAAGUGAUCGGGCUAUCUUCGUCGAACGAAACCGUCGAAAAUGCCUAUUUCAUGGCCUGCCACCUACUAUAUCGAUAUGGACACUGCCUGCGCCAUCCCGCCGAGAAGCGGGGAUCACUCAAAUUCCUGACUCAGGUGGAGGGCUCCGUGGGCUGGCGCACGGGAUGGAUUAUCCGUGAACUCGAGGAUCAAUGGAACGAGCUGCAGGGAUUGGAUUCGUGGGAACUCGAGCUGCAGCCGAGACGGAUGUAA